AUGGAUGAGGUUUCAAUAUAUGCAUUUGACCUUUGGCAUCCAACAGUGAAAAUUCCAUCUUCCAAGAUUGAACCCACUGUGGAUGAGAUUUCAAUAUAUGCAUUGUGGGACAUGACUUCUGGGAAGUGUGUGACUAGAGGAAAGCUGAAGGGAGAAUUCCCUAGGAUCGACCUGAGGGGUGCCACAUGGAAGGAGAAGUUGAGGAUUACCCUAGAAGGGGUGGGGGAAUAUGUGCAAGGGUUACAAAAUUUAAUUCCAGAGGGAUGUGGAUGCAUGAGGAACAGCAAGAUGGGUAUACAAAAUUCCAAGAGGCUGAUUGGUGGUGAGAAGAGUGUAUUUGAGAUAGUGACUCUAAAGAAUUAUAUAGUACAAGGGAAGUAG